GGGGUACAGGCCAGAGGUGCGGGAGGGUGAGAGGAUUCACCAGAGACAGAGUGGGGAACAGAACAGGCAGACUGAUGAAAUACACUGUUGAGUGGAGCAGCGGUCGAGACAGGAGAGGAACCUCGUGCCUGGGAUCUAACCCGCACUGCAGAGGCGGCAGACAACUGUGGACAGCUUCACAGCGCUGCACUCAACCGCCUGCGCCACCAGGGAGGCCCUGAUAUUCCAUUUUUAUAUACAGUAUGGUACCAGAGCAAUGAAAACACCCUGAAAUGGGAGUCUGAAGACCAGGAUGGAAUCUCACUUUUGAGAUAACACUAGCCAAGGCUGUAAUCUUCCCACAUUUAAAAUUCAGUCACAGCGAUCUAGCUGGUAGUUUCUCUUUGCUGGACUAGAAAAAGGAAGGAGUACUGCUAUCGUUUGGUAAAACAGGUUUAUGCAGCUAACACAACAAUGGAUCCUAUGCUGACUUCAUCAACAGAAGAAGCUUUCAGAAAGAACACUGUUAAGAAAUAUAAAAUAAUUUCUAUUGUUCUUCUUGCUCUGUUGGUGAUUGUGACACUUGGAUUAGGCCUGGGGCUUGGACUCAGGAAACCUCAAGAGCAAGGCAGCUGCAGGAAAAAAUGCUUUGAUUCAUCAUAUAGAGGACUGGAGAACUGCCGGUGUGAUAUGGGAUGUAAAGGACGAGGUGACUGUUGCUGGGAUUUUGAAGACACCUGUGUGGAAUCAACUCAAAUAUGGACAUGCAAUAAAUUUCGUUGUGGGGAGACCAGACUACAGUCCAGCCUUUGCUCUUGUUCAGAUGACUGUUUACAGAGGAAAGACUGCUGCACUGACUAUAAAAGUGUUUGCCAAGGAGAAACUCCAUGGGUGAAAGAGGAGUGUGCCACCAUCCAGAAGCCUCAAUGUCCAGAAGGAUUUAACCUGCCACCCGUUAUUUUGUUUUCCAUGGAUGGAUUUAGAGCUGAAUAUUUACAGACAUGGAGUACCCUAAUGCCUAAUAUUAACAAACUGAAAACAUGUGGAAUUCAUUCAAAAUAUCUGAGACCUGCCUAUCCAACUAAGACCUUCCCAAAUCAUUACACUGUUGUUACGGGCUUAUAUCCAGAAUCACAUGGCAUCAUUGACAACAAUAUGUAUGAUGUAAAACUCAACCAGAAUUUUUCACUUUCAUCUGCGACAAAAAAUAACCCAGCUUGGUGGCAAGGUCAACCAAUAUGGCUGACAGCAAUGUAUCAAGGUUUAACAGCUGGUACCUACUUUUGGCCAGGAUCAGAUGUGGCUGUCAAUGGUUCCUUUCCCUCCAAAUACGAGCCUUACAACAAGAGUAUCGCAUAUGAAGAAAGGAUCUCUACAGUGUUAAAGUGGUUGGACCUUGACAAAGGUCAAAGACCUGAUUUUUAUACCAUAUACGUGGAACAACCUGAUUCUGCAGGACAUAACAAGGGACCAGUCAGUGCUGCAGUUAUUCAAGCCUUACAGUCAGUAGAUAAGAUUUUCGGGAUGUUGAUGGAGGGCCUAAAACAGCGGAACUUGCACAAUUGUGUCAAUAUAAUCCUUUUGGCUGAUCAUGGAAUGGAUCAGACUUAUUGUGAUAAGGUGGAAUAUAUGACUGAUUACUUUCCCCAAAUAAAUUUCUACAUGUAUGAAGGGCCUGCUCCCCGCAUCAGAUCUCGUAACAUACCUGCUGACUUUUAUACCUUUGAUUCUGAAGGAAUCGUUAGGAACCUUAGUUGCCGAAAAUCUGACCAGCAUUUCAAACCCUAUUUGACUCCUGAUUUGCCAAAACGACUACACUAUGUCAACAAUGUCAGAAUUGACAAAGUGCAUCUUAUGGUGGAUCGACAGUGGCUGGCUGUGAGGUCUAAAGGAAAUACAUUCUGUGGAGGAGGCAACCAUGGUUAUGACAAUGAGUUUAAGAGCAUGGAGGCUAUCUUUGUGGCACAUGGACCCAGUUUUAAAGAGAAGACUGAAGUCGAGCCAUUUGAAAAUAUUGAAGUAUAUAACCUAAUGUGUGAUCUUCUACACAUUCGGCCAGCACCAAACAAUGGUACCCAUGGUAGUUUGAACCAUCUUCUGAAGGAACCUUUUUAUAAACCAACCCAUCCAGAAGAAGUGUCAAAGUCUUCUACUUGUGACUUUACUAAUUCAGUGCCCACAGAUGAUCUAGGAUGUAAAUGCCCUGAAUUACCAAAUGACACUGUUCUAUCAUCUGUGAAUGAAAGACUAAAUCUCAAACCAGAAGAAAAAUCAGCAACAGAGAAACUAAACUUGCCGUUUGGGAGGCCCAGAGUUAUGCAGGAAAACAAGGGACACUGUCUCCUUUAUCACAGGGACUAUAUCAGUGGAUUUGGGAAAACUAUCAUGAUGCCUUUGUGGAGCUCUUAUACCAUCACUAACCCUCUGCAGGGAAACACAUUGCUUCUUCUCAAUGUCUCAGACUGUCUGCGGGCUGAUGUCAGGGUUGCUCCUUCUGAGAGCCAAAAGUGUUCCUUCUACUUACCAGACUUGAAUAUCACCCACGGCUUCCUCUACCCACUUGCAAACAAUAGAACUCCUGAUAAUAAAUAUGAUACUUUAAUUACAAGUAAUUUGGUCCCUAUGUAUAAAGAAUUUAAGAAAAUAUGGGAUUACCUUCACAGUGAUCUUCUUGUAAAACAUGCCAAGGAAAAAAAUGGAGUAAAUGUGAUUAGUGGGCCAGUAUUUGAUUAUAAUUCUAAUGGUCAUUUUGAUUCUCCAGAUGAAAUUAAAGGAUAUGUAUCAAACACCAGUGUUCCCAUCCCAACACACUAUUUUGUGGUUCUGACUAGUUGCAAAGAUAAGAUCCACACCCCUGACAAGUGCACUGGCCCCUUGGAUGUCCUUCCAUAUAUCAUCCCUCACCGACACACCAACGUGGAGAGCUGUCCUGAAGGUAAACCUGAAGCCCUUUGGAUUGAAGAAAGAUUGGAAGCACAUGUCGCCCGUGUCCGUGAUGUGGAACUUCUUACUGGACUUGACUUUUAUCAGGAAAGAUUAGAGCCUGUCUCUGAAAUUUUGCAGCUAAAGACUUAUUUACCCACAUUUGAAACCGUCAUUUAACUUAUAUAUAAAAUAAUUUUGGCAAAAUGCAAAGUAUUUCUUUUGUUAAAAAAUCGUUUUCUGUUUUUCAUUAACUCCUCUAAAAACCUUGUUGCAUAUUUUCAUUUUUCCCAUCUCUCUUUUUCAUUUCUAUGAACAUGUAUUAUUUUCACAUUACCUUUAUUUUUUACACAGAGAUCACAUUAUGUCAUACAUUCUAUAUUUACUAUCUCACAUAUAAUCUUUGGCUAUAUCAUUCUGCCUAUCAUUAAAAAGAAGGGACAAUAAGGGCCUCCCCUGAUGGCACAGCGGUUGAGUGCUGGGCUGCGAAGAUGCCCGCAGCCUCUACAGCGCCAGUUUGAUUCCGGGCCGCCGGGCAGGCGAGGGUCCCACAUGGCCGCAGACCUCUCCUGCCGCCCGCUGCUCCCCUCAGGAGUGUGCUUCAUCACUCUGCCCGCUCUGCUCUCCGCUCUAGCUCUGGUGAAUUCUCUCACCCUCCCGCGCUUCUGACUGUAUCCAGUGCUUGUGUAAAUAAAUAAAUCUUAAAAAAAAAAAAAAAAAAAAAGAAGGGACAAUA